CGUCGAACAACGAUGAAGUAAUGAAUCCUAUGAUUAAAAAAUACAUCCAUCCAUCCAUCCAUCCAUCCAAACUACACGACAAUAUCGAACCAUUUUAUUCCAUCUAUUGUUUAUGAUUGACUAAACUUUUGUUUUGUUUUUAUGAUGAUAGACUCGAAAUUUGCUCGUUCUCCGGCUUCAAAAUCUAUCCUGCCAAGGACCUUCAAGUUCAUCAAUGGUAAGGCUGAAUCUUAUUUCCUCCAACGUUUGAACCCUCGCAAGAUCCGAUGGACCACCAUUUACCGUCGCUUGAACAAGAAGGGUGUUACUGAAGAAGUCGCCAAGAAGCGUUCUCGUCGUACUGUCAAGCAUGAACGUGCCAUUGCUGGUGCCUCUUGGGAUGCCAUCCGUGCUAAGCGUAACCAAAAGCCCGAUGUCCGUGCUGCUGCUCGUCAAGCUGCUAUUGCCAAAUCCAAGGAAUCCAAGAAGGCUGCUCAAGCUGCCAAGAAGGCUUAAUUUUUUUUUUUUCUGAAAUCUUCUGCUUUUGUUUUUGGCUGUAGUUUGUAGUCUAUAGUAUAGUAUAGUAUACAACCUAUCUCACGAAUCUAUCCAUAUUCAAUCAUAAAUCAAAUAUACAUACGUUUACUUAUUUUCGUUGUCUUUGGGUUUGUGGUGUUUUUG